AUGUGGCGUCAUCCUCCGAAUAGCUACUCGAAAAACAAAUCCGAACACGGUGAAUAUGGAAAGAAUUUUUUUGCGAGUUCAAAAUAUGGAAAUAACAGCCGUGCUUUUGCUGAGGAUGCUACCGGUGAUCAUUUCAUUCUCCCUGAGGUAGAAGUAGGAUCUACGGAUUCAGCUGGGAAUUCCACGAGUCAAUGUUGGGAAACGCAAGAACUUCAAGAGAUUGGUGAUUAUGGUAUAAUCUCCGUUGUCCCAGGAAGACGGAACAAGCCGAAGAAACGGACUAGGCAACAUGUGCCUCUUUUUCACCAUUUGCGGGGCUUCGAUACUGGCAUCGUGAGCUCACAGUAA